AAGGAAGAUGGCGCCUCUCUGGCUGUCCACAGGCUUGCAAAUACGCUGGUGGCCAAAAAAUAAUACUGUACAAGCAGCAGCACUUGGGUCUCUACUGUUUCUGGAUGCUGAUUCCACGCUUUCUUUGGUUCGUAUCUGUACGUGCCCUCGCUCGCUCGCUGGAGCCCAGGAGGAAGGAAGCAAGGAAGCAAUCAUUCUGCACGACCGGUUAGCCAUGGAUGGGAAAUCUCUCUCCAGCUUUUCCCCUCCGCCCGAGCAACAGAAAGGCGAGGCCUUUUCCCCCAAUGGCCACCGGGGGGAAGAUUCUCUCUGCCUGCAUUAGGGUUUUGUUCCAAGAUGCUGCUGCUAAACCCUGAGCUGUGCUGGCUUUAACUGUCACUGAGAGAUGGACGGUGAAAGGAGGGGAAUCUCCCGUGCGCUUUGUGAGAUUUCUCUCACUUCCUCCGGCUCUGGCUCGUGCUCGGCUGGGCGGGCCGGGCCUGUGGUGGUGGUUGUUGUGGUGUGCUUGCAUUGCGUGACAAUGACACGUCCCGAUCAGAAGAAGAUGGAGGACAAGCCGUGGUGGAGGGGAGGACUGGGGAACUGGCAAUCAUCAUCACAAGCCAAGGCUGCGAGCCUUUUGGCCACCCUAUUGUGUUGUGUGGCUUUGUCAGUGACUCGGCGCCCUAUGCAGCAUUGCUUGCUAGUACUACCUUCCAACUGUUCCAGGUUCAAAGAAAAGCAAGCAUUUUCCAUGGAGUACUAGUGCAUCACAAAGUCUUUGUUUUGAAGCCAAGGCAAGGCAUGGCGAGAUGCAGCGUGGAGCAGAAGUUGGCAAAGGCAUGGAGGGGGAGCAAGGUGUGCGAGGCAGUGGAAGCAGUGGCGAGAAAUGUUCCGUCUAAUGGCAAGUCCCAUCCAAUUCAAUUCGGCCAGCGUACCAAGAAAUGUUUCCGACGAUCCAUCUGCUGCCCUGCCCUGCCCAAAGCCCAUGAUGAUGUGACGGUAUGAUAGGCGCAGCAAGCAAAGGGAGGACGCGGUAGCGUCCGGUGAUAGGUAAAAAAGCGGUCAAAAGACGCCCAGGACUGGGCAGUUUUUAAGACGGCACGCCGGAGUAGAUGAGGAUGAGGAGCACCAGCACCCGCUGGACGGUGAGCUUUUCUUUUCUACUACGUACUACUACAAAGCUCUCUCCCUCUAGCUGCAGCGCACUGCGCACCGCAUCAUGGCCUCGCCGUUUUUAUUCUACCGUCUUUACUAAUGGGCCUUCAUUGUUCUCGUUGUACCUCUGGGAUGAUUGGCUCUUUGCAAGCUUUUUAAUGCAGUAAGUAAUUUUGGAGUGGUGUGGCGGAGAAAGUUGCAGGAAGGGGGCAGGGCAUUCAUGCGGUCACAAGGCUGGGAGGGACAAUGCCGCGAUGGUGGCUCGGCUCGUUUGACCGGCCUUUGGCCAUGGUCCAAAAGAGGGUUGGAGCUUCAACAGUGACCCAGUGAGGAGCUCGUGGACCGAAGGGGGGCCUGGGUAUGCGUGCGCUCUGCACGGCUUGUGUGUAGGCAGGCAGAAACCCCCCGCACCUCCUUCGUCCUCACGCGCGACGGCGUCCGAUCUGGAUCGAGGGGAGGAGCCCCUCGAGCCCGUGCUCCUUCGCCUCCCGUAACCCCCCUCCCCUCGCCCUCUUCCCGUGGCGGCCUCCUACCUCAGCCGGCGCGCGCUCCCGUUAAGCCGUCUUACCUUACCACUGCAAGAGAAGCAGAUCACUCGGAGCUCUUCUUCUUCUUCCUCCUGCUGCUGCUGUGGCGCGGCGAUGAGGUGAGUGAGCAGAGCUUGCCCGGGAGGGGGAUCGAUGCCCACGCAGCAGCUCACGACAUUCCAGCUGCUCCCGCCCGCUCACGCGCACGGCGACUGGCGACAGUACCAGUACCACCACCACCACCACCACCAGGACCAGCAGCAGCAGCUCGCCUGCGGCGGCGGAGGAGGAGGCCCGUGGGACCCCGCGUCGGUGCUCGACCGCCGGGCCAGCCCCGCCGCGCAUCCCACGCUGUCUUCCCCCUCGCCCCUGCCCGCCGGCGUGGCGGCCCUUGCCAAGAACGUCUCCGCGGCCCCGCCGGCGCAGGCAUGGCCACUCCCGCCGGGCCCCGGGGCGAACGACGACGACGCCAAGGACGACUGGGUCCACCACCUGCCGCCCCUCGACAUGGCCGGCUGGGGCGACCCGCACGCCGCCGCGAUGCAGGAGCCGCACCCGCCGCCCUCCUCGCAGGACAGCACCUUCCUCCGCUGGAUCAUCGGCGGCGGGGACGACGAGGACGACGACUCCGGGGGUGGAGCGCGCGGGGGUGGAGAUGGAGGCGGGCGCGGAGGGAGAGGGCGAGGGCGGCGAGGCGGGCGCGGAGCGACACCGUGGGGGGGUUUCUGCAAAAAAAUGCCACGUCAGCAGCUGACAGGCGGGCCCUGCCGGUCAGAUACACUGUCAAUACGCGUUUAUACGCGAUUUAGACCUUUUUGUAACGUCUAGCCCCAGACUUGGUACUGACAUGUAAAAAUUACCAAACUUGGUACCA